AUGAGUGGCGGAUGGAAUACCAUCGAAUCCGACGCAGGCGUUUUCACGUCUCUCAUCGAGAACCUCGGAGUCAAGAAUGUCCAGUUCGAAGAGCUUCUCACUCUCGAUCCAUCCGAACUUGUCACUCUCCAACCGCUCUACGGAGUAAUCUUUCUCUUCAAGUACCCGACCGACCGACCAUAUGCUACGCCAGACGGGCCGCUCGACGGAUCCUUUGACCAUGCUUCGUCAGAACACAUCUUUUUUGCCGCCCAAACGAUACAAAAUGCCUGUGCGACGCAAGCACUCCUAAGUGUUUUGAUGAACAAGACCGAAGACGUCGACAUUGGAUCACAGAUGCGAGAUUUUCGCGAGUUCACCAUGGUCCUGCCACCCGAAUUCCGGGGCGAGGCGUUGAGCAAUUCCGAUUUGAUCAGAGAGGUACACAACAGCUUUGCCCGAAGUAGUCCCUUUGCGGACGAGACGCAGAAGACCGGAGAAGCUGAAGAUGCCUUCCAUUUCAUUGCCUACACGCCCGUGAACGGCACAUUGUACGAACUCGACGGAUUGCAGCCUGCUCCCAUCUCCCAUGGAGCAUGUACUCUGGAUUCAUUCCCAGCAAAAGUUGUAGAGGUCCUACAACGGCGUGUGGCACGUUACGAAACGUCGGAAAUUCGAUUCAACCUACUUGCCAUGUGUCGUGAUCUACGCGUCCGUGCCCGCGAAUUUGGUGACGACGAAUUGUUGGCGAGAGAAGAGAGAAAACGCCGCGACUGGCAAUUUGAGAACGCUCUCAGGAGACACAACUUUGUUGGUUUCGCUGGUGAAGUGCUCAAAGGUGUGGUCGGCUCAAGGCUCGACGAAGGCGGCGAUGCUGCCGUGGAUAAAUGGGUUGAUGAAAGUCUUGAACGACGGAAAACAGCGGAGAGGGCAUUGAGGAAGGGGGAUGGGGAUGUUGAAAUGGAAUAA